AUGGAUCAAGAUCGAAACAGAGAACGUGGUGGUAACUGUUGUAGUUGCUGCUUAAGCUUCAUUUUCACUGCUGGUCUAACUUCUCUCUUCUUAUGGCUCAGUCUUCGUCCUAACAAACCAAAAUGCUGGAUCCAAGAAUUUUACGUUCCUGCCCUCAACAAAUCUCUCAAUUCAAAACUCAAUACCACUCUCAAUUUCAUGAUUCGUCUCGACAAUCCUAACAGAGACCAAGGAAUCUACUACGACGAUGUUCACGUUUCUUUGUCCAACACCAACACAACGACCAAUUCCUCUGCUCUUGUCGCUAACUACACGGUGCCUCAGUUCUACCAAGGACACAAGAAGAAAGCCAAGAAGUGGGGUCAGGCUCUGCCAUUGAACAACCAGACGGUUUUACGAGCGGUUUUGCCUAAUGGAUCGGCGGUUUUCAGGUUGGAUCUGAAGACACAUGUGAGGUUUAAGGUUGUGUUUUGGAAAACUAAGAGGCAUAGAAUUGAGGUUGGUGCUGAUGUUGAAGUCAACGGAGAUGGAGUUAAAGCUCAUAAGAAAAGGAUUAGGAUGAAGAAAUCUGAUUCUUCUACGAGAUUAAGAAGCUAUUUUCCGGUUUGUGUUUUAAUGAAUCUGCUUGUCUUUUUCGCUAUUCUUUAA